UGUGAAAUACUCUCUGGACCUACUUUUCAUUAGAUUCUACGAUUUUGAUGGAGACGGUUGCAUCACGAAGCGAGAAAUGUUGGUCAUAAUAUCCGCGAUUUAUGAGAUGGUGCAGGACGCGCAGACCAUCCAGCCCGCAGUUAACAUCCAAGUGGACAAGUUCUUCAAGGAGAUGGAUACAGACACAGACGGAAUAGUCACCAGGGAGGAAUUCAUAAGCGGUUGUAAAAAUGAUACCAUUAUAUACAACCAGUUGAGUUUAUUUAAUAAGAUUUGGUGACCGAAUGAAAACAUCCUUCAGAGAUUAACGAGCAAUUUAUCCACACACGCGUAAAGCCAUUAAAAUACUUGUAAAAACUCACCCGAUUUCUCUUCUUAAAUAGUACAUACAUUCUCUAUGUCAUUUAUCGUGAGAGUUCCUGCGCAAUAUGUUACAAUCGCAAUAUCACCGUAAAUGAUCAGUCCAUUUCAUUAAUAUCACAUACAAAGCGUUUUCAGAACAGUCUCUUUUGUGAAAUGUAAAACACGCAGGCGAGGAAGAACGCGAAGGCCAAUGCAAGUAAUACUUCAUCAGUGA